GGCAGGGAGGGGGUCGGGUGAGAAGGCUCGGCUGGUACAAUGGGUGCAUUGAUGCCUGGUUAAAAAUUGCCGGGUUGAAACCUUCCUCCUUUAAUUAGACAAAUUAAUUAUUUACUGCUCAAGUUGCAGUGUCUAAAAAUAGCACUUUUAGUUUGGUAAUGAGGGUAGAAAACAACCCACCCUACACACAGAAGAGCAGUAAAACCCAGUGCAUGAGCCUCUAUGGGGCAAGGGAGGGCCAGGCACUGGGUUGGUGCUCAGUGGUGGUAAGCAUUUAAACCCCAAGAGGAAAUACUCUGAAUCUGGUCACGAUGGUGCCCGUUAUUGUCUGAACUCAGUUUAUUACUUCUUAUUGUCACUCACUUUUACAUCAGCACAUGGAGAAUCACUAACAUUCAGUCCAAAAAGAGACCUUAGAGAUCAUUUAGCUAAACCCCUUCCCUCCAUACACAUGCCCAGGCUUUACAGAAGGGGACACUGAGGCCCAAGGAGUGCCCUGCCUCAUGUCACACAGCCAAGCUGGAACAUCUGAAAUUCAAGCCUUCCAACUCCCAAGCCUAUCCCAAGUAUGACUAUAGACAAAUCACUUCCUUGCUCUGGGCCUCAGUUUCAUGAUCUGUAACAAUGGCAAGAGUUGGACUGAUUUCUCUCCUGUUCUGAAAUUGGGCACCUCUGUGUGUACCCAUCCUCAGCAAGACAGUGCAUGGGAGGCACUCCCUUGUGUGUCCUGGAGCUCUGUGGGCAUCUGGGAAUAGAAGUUACUGCAUGUUUAUUUGCAAUAUUCAGAGUUUAUAUACACCCAGAGCAGUGGAUGCUUACUCAGUCUGGCUCUAGGAAAUCCACUGGAAUCUGGACUAUUCCUCCUUCUGAAGGUGCCCUUAUUCUCAGCUGAGGAGUAGCACUGAGGAGAGCAGUGGAACUAGAAGGCAGUGGAGAGGGGCUAGCUAGCUGGGUUGGGUUGAGAUUGGCAUUUGGAGAAGGGCUAAGGAAAGAAGGGCUGGGCCUUACUGAGCAAGACCCUUUCCCUGCCAGGCACUGGGCUAAGGCUGUCGUUGUUCUCUGUCUGUGUGUGUGUGUGUGUGUGUGUUUUGAGAUGGAGUUUCGCUCUUGUUGCCCAGGCUGGAGUGCAAUGGUGCGAUCUCCACUCGCCGCAACCUCCACCUCCCGGGUUCAAGCGAUUCUCCUGCCUCAGCCUCCCGAGUAGCUGGGAUUACAGGCAUGCGCCACCACACCUGGCUAAUUUUGUAUUUUUAGUAGAGACAGUGUUUCUCUAUGUUGGUCAGGCUGGUCUCGAACUCCCAACCUCAGGUGAUCCGCCUGCCUCGGCCUCCCAACAGUGUGGUUUUUAAGGUGCCCCCUACCCCAGCCCAGGGACUGAACAGUGGUUUCAGAGUUUAGAUUCUGUGACAGCAGAGUUUAGAUUCUGUGACAGAGUUUAGAUUCUGAGAAGCUGCCCCCCUUCUCAGCCUCACCCCAGCCCUGGGCCUUUGAGCCCUCGCUUCUUGGGAGGAGGCACACACAGGGUGCCACAGCACUCUACCGGGUCUCCUCUAGGGUAGCCAGGACAGAAGGCCUGCACGGUGGAAGACCCCACUCUAUACUUGCUUUUAUUUUCCAGCUCCUCCCCCAGUUCCAAAGGAGUGAUGGCUUCUCAAUUGCACGGUUGUGAGCAAGGAAAUUUCUUGCAGGAUCAGGGAUAUGAAGAGGCUAACAGGGGAGGGGAGGUUUCCAGGCUGCGGGAAGUGUAGUUUGGAAUGUGAAUUCUGGGGAAGGAGGGAAGAAGAAGAUGGGAAGAGAUGGGAAACAACCUCAUCUUUGGGGCUCUGGAAAUCUUCCAGAUUUCCAGACACUGGGCAGAUAAUCCACUUCCUAAAGCCUAGCCCCGAACACUAAUUUGAGAGAGAAAAAAAACAAAAGGGCUGGCAGGCACAGACUCUGGCCCUGUCCCAUUCUGACUUCGGAGUUUUAUAUUUGGAGGCAAUUCGGAAGGCCUUUCGCUGAUUGGUCAUUAAUCCACUGAGUUAUUGUCUGCUAAACAGAGGUCACUGGGAGAGAAACAUCCAGUCUGUCAGGAGAGGCCCACUCAACCUCAGGGACUGGGCCCAUUCCUCUUUUCCUGCUUCUCCCUCCCUUUCCCAGCACCCCCUGCAGCCCCCAAGCUGCCCAGGAUUUGCAGCCUCCCUUCCUUUGCUUUCUCUGCUCUGCCCACAUUUGUCUCAACACUUGCUGGGGGUGGGGUUUGCCAGGCUAAGGCUGAGCUUCUAGAUGAGGCGGGAGCCCUGAUUCAGACUGGGAUCUAUCACCACCAAGGAGCCCACCUGCCUGAGGCUCCCAACUCGCUGGCAGCACCGACAUCCCCUCAUUAGCAUGUUCAGGCGGCCUCCGUGGUCAUCGAGUGGACUUCGCAGACCCUUGUGGCUGCCCUUUUUGUCCUGCCACCCCUUCACGGGCUCGGCUGGGGAGAGGGCAGCGCCCCCACACAUGGGGUGGGGAAAAAGUACAGCCUGGAUUUUUCUUCUUCCACUGCAGCGACCUUUUUCUUCUUUUGAUCCCCACUAUUGCUGAGCAGUGUCUAUGCGGGUCUCCUCUUCUCCCUUCCGGGUGCCCCUUUGUUCCCUCCUGCUCUGGCUUAUUGGAGAGCUGGAGAUGGGGAUCCAAAUGCCAAGAGCCUUCUUCAUUAGCAAUUCCCAUUUUACAACUCCCAGCUUUGAAAUCUUUAUUAAUACUUAAGGGAAAAUGGAGAUUCGGGUGAGUGUGUGAACUUUAUACCACUCUUCUAGGGCUACAAAGUUGGGCAGUGAAGCUGGAAAACAGUGUGGGACCGGGAACCCAGACACGGCCAGGAAGAAACACAUCGCCAAACAUCUUGCCCCCCAGGCUUCCAGGUCCUAGCUCCCCAGCUAGCCUUUGGGCCAGGCAAAUUUUGUGCUGAUUGAGCCAGGGGCAGGAUCCUUGACUGCCCCAAGUCUGAGAUCAGAGAUUGGUUUUAAGAGCCAACCAGUAUGCCCUUAUUGAGAGAAUUUUUGUUUGCUAGUUGAUGCAGUUUUGGGGGAGGAGAGAAACAGGCACGAUCCCGCCGAGGUCUAUAAGAGCGGGUAGCCCUUGAUUGCUCCAGAGGGUUUAAAGUGCUCCUGUCGCCUGAUACUGGGUACCCAGUGGGGUGGGGGAGAGAAGUGCUAGAGCGAGUGCUCUGGCUCCAAAGAAACGGAAUGGAAGAGGAAAGGAUGUCUGUGAAGAAGGGCAUUUUCUCUCAUCUUUACCCUUAUUAUUUUUUUACUUCAUUAGUUUAUGCUAGUGUCUCUGACUCUUACUCAAUUUUCCUCUUUUUCAAUUUCUCUUUCUCCUCCUUUCUCUCUCUCUCUCUCUCUCACACACACACACACACCCCACACACACAUGGGCACACAAAGUUUCCCAGGUUUCACUCCCAAAUCCAAGAAGAAAUUGUUCCCUCUUCUGUAUCUCCAGUCUGCUCCGAAAUCAUGGCUUCACUCUCAGGGAUGAUAAGCCCUUCUCCCGCUUCUCUUUUCCCAGACCCCAAAGUCUUCCCUCAGACUGCUCUGGCAUCCCCCACCCCAAGUUCCUUGCCCAAACUCCUCACUACCAGCCUUUAUCCCCUGAAGUUUGAAAAACCCCUGGCUAGCAGCAACACCUCAGUCCAAACAGGGGCCCUUAGGGGUGCCUGUUCCACCCUCCGUCCUCCAGCCUCCCAGCCCUAAUCAGAGGGCAGCCCGCCUGCUGGCCAGAGACCUCUGAGAAUGGAAGAAAAAAGGCAAGACAGAAACUAAACUGGGAUGUAAUUGCCUCCCAAGUAUUCCAAAUGGGCUCUGUACUCCAGAAUUAAGAAGCCCCCACUCCAUCUCCUACCGCAUUUUGGGGGUGUAUGUCCUCCGACAGAUUUUCUCCAGGUUCGUUUUCUUGCUUCUCGGUCCUCUUUUUCACUCCCACCCCACUAUGCCCCACUGCCUUCUGUAGCCCGAGGGACCACAAAGGGUUGAGGAGGCUUGGGGAAGGGAGGGGUCUGCCGUUGUCUCUGGAACACUCCUCCACCCCCAGCUCAGCUCGAGGCCCGCUUCUCCUGCAGCCGGCCUGAGGCUGUCUGGGUGCCUUCUGGACUCUUGUGUUAUUCCUAGAGGCAAAGCUGCGCAGUCCUAAAAGCAAUCAGGUUCUCCUCUUCUCUCAGUUUUACAAUGACCUUCUCUAACCCAAUGAUAGUAACAGCUAGGACAGCAGAGGUUUUGAGGUACAUUCUUGGCUUUUUUUUUAUUUUGGGGAGUGAUAGAAAAAAACCCCAAAGGUACUGGUUUCUUUAAGCCUCUGGAAGCCUCCCUGGCCUGAGUCCCCGACCCACCAAGCUCAAAGUUACAUGGGGUCUGACCCUGUAGGUCUCUAACCAGAGUGUAGAGAUCUCAGGACAGACUUUUUGCAGCCACAUACUCAGGCACCCCUGACAGGUCUCUUUGGGGUUCCAGGCUGGCUUGAGCCCCAAGUCUAGGUCUGACUUGGAUGUUUUAUUUUCUUGAUACUACUAAUAAACACAGAAAAAUACUAAUAAACACAGAAUAAUAGCUACUAAUAAUAAACACAGAAAAAUAGCUCCCACCCUCCAUCCCCACAUCCCCCAACCCGUGCUUCCCUCCAGCCGUUGACUUUCUAGGUAGGAGGUGGGGUCCUCAGGACAUUACAUUCUGAGGCUCUGCAAGUGGCUCCUGUUGCUGGAGGGCAGGAAGGCCAUAGGUACCCCUGGUUUAUCAGGGUCCCUGGAAACCGGCUGCUCCAUAUCACCCGGCCUGACUUAGCCUUGCCUGGAAGAAGUAGGGGCUGGAGGCCAGGGGCCACUCCCUAUCUCAUCCCAAAGUAGAGCCUGUGAGUGGGGAGAGAGAGGGAAUGAGGGAAGCUUUGCCAGACACCUCCAGCCUAUGCUGGAGGGAACACAAUAGCUGGAAAUCAACUCUCACCUUUGUUGUCCCCAGUCCCAUUCCCUCUUCUGGUGCAUCCAGAUGGGAGAAGGCAAAAGCCAAGUAUUCUAACCAGGAAAUCACAGGGUAGUGCCUUACACGAAGUUAAGAGGACCAGUUUUCCAAGCUGCCUUUAGAGAAAAGAGUCAGCUUUCUAUUUCGUCCCCUAGCUCCGAGUCCGCAGUUAGGCAGAAUUGCAAACACUCCUGCUUUGGGAAAUGUCCUGGUGCUCUUUUUGUCUUUUCCUUCCUCCCAGAAUGACUGUUCCCCACCCCCUGUCCCAAAUCUGCCGACACCUACAUUUUUGGCUCCUGUCUUCCUCCUACAGGCCUCCUCCUUGCCUUUUCCUGCCCUGCUCAAACACACCCUAAGAAAACUUUAGCUUUUGUGGCCUUCCUCACUUGUGCCAAGAGUCAUAAAUCUUGCAGGGCAGAGAGAAACAAACAGAGUUGUUCUGAAUAAUAAUAAUAACCAUCUUCCAUCUCUUCUGCCAGUGCAUUUAAAAUUAAGCCACCCUGCUAGUUCUUCUCUUCUUAGAAGUACAAAUGUCCUUAUCACCUCUUAGCCCCUUCUGCCUAUUCGGAGGUGAGAAUCAUAACAGAAACUUAUCCGUGAAGUUCUUUCAGCCUGUCUACUGCCAGCCAGUCUGAAGCUCAAGCUAAAACACAGAGUCCUCCUUUUGUCACCCUUUUCUCAACCCUCCUCCUCCUGCAAGAUGUUCAGGGUUUUUAAAAUCAUCACUCACCGCUUGUUGUCUGUUCUCAAAAAGAAAAAGGGGGAGGGUUUUUUUUUUUAAAAAAAAAAAGGUCUGGUCUUUCCCUCUCCCUUGGUUAGAGACUGGGCCUGGAGACUGGGGGGAGAUUUGAGAGGAAUAGAGAGGGUGUAGUGGAGGGAAGAAGCCGGGGCUGGAGACUCAGAAGGAGGGAGCCAGAGUGUGAGGGUUGGAGAUCAAGAACUACUUUCUAAAAAAGUCCUAGUGUUCCAAUUCCGAAUGAGUGCACAGGGGCACCUGGCACCCUCACCCCCGGGCCAGGCCUGCCUUUGACUCAGCCUCCAAAUGCUACUUCUCAAAUUAGCAUAAUGGUUCACUAGUGGGGUAUGGGGGGAGCUGUGAACUUCACCACCCUUCCUUGCCUUUGCUCACCUCUUCCUCCCUGUCCCUCCAAUCUAGAUUUAAAUUUUUACCUGUUCUUUAAGAAAAAAUAAAAAAUAAAAGAAAACCCUCUCUUCUUUCCUUCUCACUCUUUUUUUGGGGAGGGUAUUUUAAAAUUUCCCCCCUUCCCCAUCACCACCAUAACCUUCCCUUCUUAUCAGGCAUCUAAGCUUGCUAAAGGGGGAGAGGUGGGGGGGUGUGUGAGCUUGUGUGUGAGUGAGUGAGUGUGUGUGUGUGUGUCUGUGUGGUUUUUUUUCCCUGUGUAAAAGCAGAGGCCAUUGUUACGGAGAGUAGGGCGUACCAGUCUUAUAGGGCAACCACACUGUGGCGGCUUAGCCCUGCUGGAGCCCGGAGCUGGAUUCUGGCGAGCUGAGCCGCCCGGCACCUUUCGGUCUUCUAUUUUUUUUCCCGCUCCCCCACCCCCUCCCUCCUGCGCACCCCUGCUCCUAAGCCGAGUGAAUUGAAGCGGACGCCGCGCGGCUCCUCUGGCCGGAGGGGAGAUUUCUCGCCUGCCGCUCGCGCUGGGGCUCGAUGUGAAUAUAUAUUAUGUCUGCCUGUUCUCCCCUCGUCGGUGGCUAAGGUCAGCCGCUUGGAACAGACCCCGGAGGAGGGGGGCAGAGAGGGGAGGUCGGGGGGGGGGUCCGGCGUGUCACGUGACCCCCAGGGUUGCCAAUGUCCGGUCCUGAGGGUAUCAGGCCUUUCCAAGUUGCCACCCACUGCCCAGGCCUCACCCAGCGAUGCAGAAAGCCACCUACUACGACAACGCCGCGCCUGCUCUCUUCGGAGGCUAUUCCUCGUACCCUGGCAGCAAUGGCUUCGGCUUCGAUGGCCCCCCCCAACCCCCAUUUCAGGCCGCCACGCACCUGGAGGGUGACUACCAGCGCUCAGCGUGCUCGCUGCAGUCCCUGGGCAACGCUGCCCCACAUGCCAAGAGCAAGGAGCUCAACGGCAGUUGCAUGAGGCCGGGUCUGGCCCCCGAGCCCCUGCCCGCCCCGCCCGGCUCACCCCCGCCCAGUGCCGCACCUACCAGUGCCACUAGCAACAGCAGUAAUGGGGGCGGGCCCAGCAAAAGUGGUCCCCCAAAGUGCGGUCCCGGCACCAACUCCACCCUCACCAAACAGAUAUUCCCCUGGAUGAAAGAGUCGAGGCAAACGUCCAAGCUGAAAAACAGCUCCCCCGGCACAGCAGAGGGCUGUGGUGGCGGCGGCGGCGGAGGCAGUGGUGGCAGCGGGGGCGGUGGCGGCGGCGGCGGCGGGGGAGGGGACAAGAGCCCCCCGGGGUCGGCGGCGUCCAAGCGGGCGCGGACGGCGUACACGAGCGCGCAGCUGGUGGAGCUGGAGAAGGAGUUCCAUUUUAACCGCUACCUGUGCCGGCCUCGCCGUGUGGAGAUGGCCAACCUGCUGAACCUCAGCGAGCGGCAGAUCAAGAUCUGGUUCCAGAACCGGCGCAUGAAGUACAAGAAGGACCAGAAGGCCAAGGGAUUGGCCUCGUCGUCGGGGGGCCCAUCUCCAGCUGGCAGCCCCCCACAGCCCAUGCAGUCCACGGCCGGCUUCAUGAACGCCUUACACUCCAUGACCCCCAGCUACGAGAGCCCGUCCCCACCUGCCUUCGGUAAAGCCCACCAGAAUGCCUACGCGCUGCCCUCCAACUACCAGCCCCCUCUCAAAGGCUGCGGCGCCCCGCAGAAGUACCCUCCGACCCCGGCUCCCGAGUAUGAGCCGCACGUCCUCCAAGCCAACGGGGGCGCCUACGGGACGCCCACCAUGCAGGGCAGUCCGGUGUACGUGGGAGGGGGCGGCUACGCGGAUCCGCUGCCGCCCCCUGCCGGCCCCUCCCUCUAUGGCCUCAACCACCUUUCCCAUCACCCUUCCGGGAACCUGGACUACAACGGGGCGCCCCCUAUGGCGCCCAGCCAGCACCACGGACCCUGCGAACCCCACCCCACCUACACAGACCUCUCCUCUCACCACGCGCCUCCUCCUCAGGGUAGAAUCCAAGAAGCGCCCAAAUUAACACACCUGUGAUGGGAAAGGGCGAACGAGGAUUAGGGGAUGGGGAGGAAGAGAGAGACUGUGGAGCUCUGGGGGGCAGCCUGGAGGUCUGAAAGAGGAGCCAGGAAGGUAGUCGCCAGGCUUCCUGGUCAGAACCGGCCUAGAACUCCUGCCCCUCCCCCUGGCCUGAGAGGUUGCUUUUAAGUCCUCCACCCCUUGUUCCAUCUGCCUGCCAACCCAUCGGAAAGAAAACCACAUCAUAUUGGAGAUGACCCCAUCAACCCCAGGGCUCCAGCACUACCAAGUUGGAAUUCCACGCCCGGGAGUGGGGUAGAGGAAGACGAGAUAGGACGAGGCAGAAAAGCACAUUUUAAAAACCAGACAAGAUGGCUAGGCCAUCACCAACCAACGGACUUACCUUACAUCUUUGUAGGUAAUUCCCCCAAAUCUUGAUUUUUUUCCCUCAAUUAUCCUUUAAAAAAUAAGAAAACACAUUUCAGACCUAAAGGGCACAAAACACGUUCCCUUCCAACUUUCCCAGAACCUCAAAUUUGUUCCCAUUUAUUUGAGGUUUAUUGAGGUACCUACCCCCUCCACUUCUAGCCCCUGGUUUUUCUGCUCUAGAACGUUCAUAUCUAUACAUCCCACCCCCAUCAAUUACAGUUUUUAGAGGGCUCAGGGAUGGUGAGAGAUCCUGAAAGAGCUGCCUAUAUUAUAAAUUAUAUAUAUAUAUUUUUUAAGGGAAAGUUUGGAGGCUAGGGCAGGCAGGUUGUUAGGACUGAAGGUUUGCCCAUUCUGCUGCCUCCAUCUCAGCUCCAGCUCCAUCCCCCUCUCCACAGAAAGCAGUUGGUGACAAGAGGUUCUAUACUUUUCUUUUCUUCUGUUGCUCUCUUGACUUAACGUGAAAACAGGGUAUAUUUGAACAAACUGUCUGUCCCAGGCAGGGGCUGGGCAGGGCCUGUGUGCCUUGCUCAGCCUCCUGACAGGACACUUUUGUUGCACUUAGAGUUUACAUUUUAAUGGAUGUAAAAACAACUGUGAGAGAUGUCUGGGCCUGCAGAAGUCCAGCAUUGCUCAAAAAAGCGUGUGUUCUAGUGAACAUUUUCAUAUAUAUUUAUUGGUUAUAGCCUGUUAAAAUAUUUUCUUUUUUGUAUUAUUUAUCCCCCUACAUUAUGUAUUUAUAUGAGGGAAAAAAAGGAAAAAUUGUACUUUUUUAGUAUUUACUUGUUAUAAAGGACAUUGUGUUUCCUGUCAUGUAAAACCGGCUAUUUUAGUUACUGUUGUACUCUAGAAAAGAGCUGUAGGUUUAUGUUAAACUCGUACUUAUGAACAAUUGUAAUUAGUUCUAAAAGGCAUGAACUCAGCUCCUAAUCAUCCCUGUAUAGUCCUGAAUUUGUAGAACUAGAGUUAAUUCCCUCUUGGAACUUUCUUUGUUCUUCAGUAGUUACUUUUUUCCUUACCUAAAAGGGUUGUCUGUCAAACAAUUCUUGAAUAAACUUUCUGUUAUCAA